AUACAAUCUCAAUCUGUGGCAGUCACAGCUGUUAUUUACUCAGACGGAAUACAUCGUGUUAAAACGGAGCAAUGGAAUCGUUGAGGAAGCUGGUUCUCUGUGUUCUGGUCUGUCACGUGACAGCCUGGAUAAACCAGUUUGAUCAAGAAUUCACCUUCACCUGCCCAGCUGAAACCUCACUGGUCCACGUCGUCAGUAGCCAUGACAACCGCUUUGAAGACAGAGUGUGGGAGUUCUCCUGUAGAGCCCCGCCCCACAGCGAUGCAAAGAUGACCAACUGUGAGUGGACAGGAUACGAAAAUGAAUUUGAUCGACCCUUGACCUUCCAAUGUGCACGUGAUGGUAUCAUUGCGGGAAUCAGUAGUUACCAUGAAAACAAAUAUGAGGAUCGUCGUUUCAAGUUCUACUGCUGCGAAGUACCAGGGUACAUAACUGGGUCCUGCUACUUCACGCCCUACGUCAACAACUUCGACGAACACAUGGACUACGUUGUGCCUUCUGGGAAGGUCAUGCGCGGCAUCGACAGCUACCACGAGAACAAGGAAGAGGACCGCCGUUUCAAGUUCGAGAUCUGUGACCUUGUUGCGCAUGACACGGGGACACAAGUUUAGUUACCCGGAUGUAGAUGACUCUAGCAAGCAAUAAAACUAGACGCGUGUGUGCGU